UAGAGGACGUUCGAACUUCGCCGGUUUCAAUGCGAGGUGCAGCCACCGUGACUUGCGUGACGUUAUGAUUCUACGCAACGCGUUACGCAGCGGCUCUUCCCUGUCAAUAUCGCUACCGUACCAAGACUUCGUUGGGACUACUUAUUGAACAGCGCGACAUGCCUCUCUCAGAGCUUCCCAUCGAGCUACAUGAACAUGUCCUCGACCACCUCCACGACGACCCUCUCUCCCUCAGAGCGUGCAGCCUGACGCACACCGCUUGGCUCCCGAUAGCACGCUCACAUCUCUUCCGGACAGUCAGGCUCGACACCGCGCGGGAUUGCCUGAGGUUCCUCACCACCCUCGACACGACCUCGGAGUCGGAUGGCGUCGGCGUCGGCUCCCUCGUCCGGGUGCUAACCCUCCCAGCAAAGAUGGGUUUCACGGAACUUUUACAUACUAGGACUGUAACGCGGACCAGGCAGGCGAGACUACGUCUUGACCUGCUAUGCCAGAUCCUGCGCCGUGUCCCCAACCUCGAGACCCUGGACAUGACCGACUUUGAAUGGAACUGUUUCGCAGACCUCAUCUGUCCGCAAGGCGCUGGCGUUGAUCUGCACGACGCCGUUACCGUUUUUGCCUUCCCACUGCUGAAGGUGCUAGUGCUGAGGUGCUUCGCCGUACGUUCCAUCCAGGAAAUCAUCCAGUUCAUCGCUGCAUUCCCGUCCGUAACGACCCUGGAGCUCUCUGGAGUCUGGUUAUAUUUCCACGGUUUCCACUACGAACCAUCAGACUCUAUCGCCUACGAUCAAACCAUCAGUAUACGCAUCCGGGAACUCAUCGUGGGCCCACUAGAAUGCACCGAGCCUUUGUUGAUUGGUGUAUCGCACGCAUUGCUCAAUCUCACUCAAGGAUCACAGCUCCGACAGCUGAGAUGGCUCUUCAGUCCUCGAGUUCAUGACCAAGAGGUGUUCGACAAAAUGUUCCAUGGAUCCGCGAGUACUCUGGAGGUGCUUGAAGUUGAUUCUCUUCUUGUCGCCGGGAUCGCCACUGGUCCGCGCAGAAUGGUUAUCAGCACAGGACCUCUCCCGCUGCCGGGCACUGACUACAAUCGUCCUGUCAGAGCAAACCGUCCAUACACCAGCAUUGUGGGCUUCUGCCCUGGAGGUCAUCUCGAGCCUUGCACAGAAGCGUCUGCGGCAUGUGGAGUUUACCCGUCACCCUCGUCGGGAUGCCCUGUCCAGUCGGGAUCUGCGGAGCCUCUCGCAUCGCCUGAUGGACUUACACACACGGUGCCCGACUGUCUCGGUCACAUUAUGUCACUGUCAGUGCACUGCGGCUGGGCCGAACAGCCGUCAGGCCUUGGAGGCCAACCACAAAGAUGUAUUGCGCGACGUGCUCGAAGCAGGGAUGCGCAUCGCUGUGGCCUACACAGAACUCGAUAACGGAGGGCCAUCGACCCACCGUCGUGAUCUUCAUGAUCCCUUGCGAGUAGUCCGCACUGAAUACUUCAAGUUAUCAGCAUAACUU